AUGUACACUGGUCGACCGUGGACGAUUCGUCAGUAUGCUGGCUUCAGUACCGUGGAGGAGAGUAACAAGUUUUACCGCGACAACAUCAAGGCCGGUCAGCAAGGAUUGAGUGUUGCUUUCGAUCUCGCCACUCACCGAGGGUAUGAUUCUGAUAAUCCUCGUGUCUUUGGUGACGUCGGAAUGGCAGGCGUAGCCGUUGAUUCAGUUGAAGACAUGAAGGCACUGUUCGAUGGCAUCCAGCUGAACAAGAUAUCGACGAGUAUGACUAUGAACGGUGCGGUGAUUCCGGUGAUGGCAUUUUACAUCGUUGCCGCCGAAGAACAGGGCGCGAAACAGAAUGAGUUGUCAGGAACCAUUCAGAACGACAUCUUGAAGGAGUUCAUGGUGCGAAACACUUACAUUUAUCCGCCCGAACAUUCUAUGCGACUGAUUGGUGACAUUUUCGCUUACAUAUCAAAGGCAAGCAAAUUUCGCCGCGGUGUCCAGCCCUCAUUUCUCACCCGGGCUUGGGACUGGCAGCUUGUAAUUUGUACUUGCUUUUGCAUGAUUUACAUUUUUACCUGCUCGUUAAAGGAUCCGUAUAACAACAUAAUUCGAACGGUCGUUGAAGCAAUGGCAGCCGUUUUUGGAGGGACGCAGUCAUUACACACGAACGCAUUUGACGAAGCCCUUGGUCUGCCCACCAGGUUCUCGGCCAGAAUUGCCAGGAACACGCAAAUCGUACUUCAGGAAGAAUCUGGUAUCACGAAGGUUGCAGAUCCGUGGGGCGGAUCUUACCUUAUCGAGAACUUGACCAACGAACUGUUCGAGAAAGCGUUGAAGGUCAUCGAAGAAGUGGAGGAGUAUGGCGGAAUGGCGAAGGCCGUCGCCAGUGGCAUGCCGAAGCUUCGCAUCGAAGAGUCGGCUGCCCGCAAGCAGGCGCGUAUCGAUUCCAACCAGGACGUAAUCGUCGGCGUAAACAAGUAUAAGCUGGAUCACGAAGAAAAGGUCGAUGUGUUGGUUGUCGAUAAUACGAAAGUCCGAGAGUCACAGUGCGCCAAACUGAAGAAAAUCAAAGAGACUCGCGAUAACGCGAAAUGUGAAGAAAUCUUGAACCGAAUGACUGAAUGCGCCAAGGGAGACGGAAACCUGCUUGCCGUUGCUAUCGAUGCUGCAAGAGCCAGAUGCACCCUUGGAGAAAUUUCUGACGCAAUGGAAAAGGUUUUCGGACGCUAUGCCGCUGCCACACGUUUGGUUAGUGGAGCGUACAAGUCAGAAUAUGCAGAUGAAUCAGAUCUGGAGAAGGUGUCUCGAAAAGUGAAGGAAUUUGCCGCCGCCGAAGGUCGACAACCUCGAAUAUUCAUCGCCAAACUGGGCCAGGACGGACAUGACAGGGGUUCGAAAGUGAUAGCCACCGGAUUCGCCGAUUUAGGAUACGACGUCGAUAUCGGACCUUUGUUCCAAACUCCUGAGGAAGCCGCCAAACAAGCGGUUGACGCUGACGUACAUAUCGUUGGCGUUAGCAGCCUCGCCGCCGGUCACAAGACACUUGUGCCUGCAAUCAUUAAGGAAUUAGAAAAGCUUGGAAGGAGUGACAUUAUCGUGAUUGCUGGAGGUGUUAUUCCUCCGCAGGAUUACCAGUUCCUAUACGACAAUGGCUGCGCUGCUGUUUUUGGACCAGGUACACGUGUUCCGGAAUGUGCUUUGAUUUGUCUUGAGAAAAUCAUGCAACAGCGGAAAAACAGAGGUGGAAAAGCCGCUGCUGCUAAUGUGUAA